UGGGACUGGGGUUGUGGAACUUCCUCCGACUCCAUCAGGUACCUACCCAGAUACUUCCCACCCAGCAUUUAAAGGCUGCGCAUCGUCUUAACGUCACAAAUGAUACUAUUAUGUAGAAAGGGACCACCAUGCCCGACUGGCGAAGCGACUAUAUCAGUUCCCUGCAAGAAGCAGAGCGGAAUAACCCCGUGAACAAGGACCUCGUCCAAGCUUGCUCCCAGCUUGCGGAUCGUAUAGCCGCCCUCGAGGCCGAGAAGGCCGUAUGGAAAACAUCAGGCAAACAACAGUCUUCAUCAGAAAAGCCAUCGUCGAGCAAAGCUCCCGCCACAACCGAUACAACGACAAAUUCCGAUUCGAGCGUCGCACAGCUUAGGCUAGAUCUUGCCGAGGCACUAAGGUCGAAAGGUCAGCUGCAGAAUAGGCUCAAGACCGCAGAAGACGAAUUGCAGAAGUUACGGACGAAGACUAAGGUCGAUACGAAGCGUAUCAGUGACCUGACGAUCGAGAGAAAUGCUAUUGCGGCAAAACUAGGGGACCGCAAUGAGGAGCUGAUUGGCAAGAAUAAAAUGUUGAAGGAUAUUCAGGAUGAUAAUUUAACUCUCAACAUCCAAUUAGACGUCACCGAGCAAAAAGCAGCAAAGCUCACUGCUGAGAAUAAGGACCUAGUGAAGAGGUGGAUGGAAAGGAUGAGAGACGAGGCUGAUGCUAUGAAUAUGGAGAACGAGACACCGAGCAGCAGGAACCGGAGGUAACACCUCGAUAUGGUCCAAGAGAACAUUAGCUCGCUACAUUGUAACGCUGCAUCCUAUCUAUGAAGCUAUGAAGCCUAGCCUAGACCUGUAUAGUAAGUGCUUUUCAUAAUAUUUUAUUUGGUAUCCUUCCAGU